GCAGCCGCCGCCGUGUUGUUGUCCGUGUAGCGCACUGUUGAUGUUUUGGCUCAGUUGGAGAGGUUUACGCAGAGGACGUUUGCCUUCUUCUUUUCUUUCGCUGAGGUUUACCUCUAAAACAGCUGGCUGAGAGAUGUCCGACAGCUCCAGUGACACGGAGUCGUCCUGCGGAUGGACAGUCAUUAGUAAUGAGGGUUCGGAUAUUGAAAAUCUGGGGCCGGAUUACGCCGGAGAGUGUGAGGAUGGAGCGGUUAGCCACGCUCUGGACGUACCUGAUGCCAAGCAGGGUGAGGAGAGUUUGGGAGAGUCUUCACUAGACCUCACACUGAGAGAGGAGGCGGAACCGGCCCAAGAGGCGGGUGGAGAAGAACAUGUGACCCUUUGCUCCUCCAGUGAGAACUCUGACAUCAUCACCCUGGCGGACUCUCAGGAGGCGGAGAUUGACGCGUGGGAGGAGCCUGUUGCUAAGGAGGCGGAGGAGGAAGCAGGAAGUGAGGAGCUCUAUCUCGGAAGCUCGUCGAGCAGCCAGUACACGUUUAGAGAGUCCGAGACAAUGUUCCCAGCGGAUCAGCCUGUGCAGCGAGACGGCGGUAACAGUAGCAGUGAGGAUGAGGAGGGUGAGGUGAAGGCCAGUCCUGUGUUGAGGAGACGCAGAGUGAGGAGGAGCACCGCCGGCUCAGAGCCUGGAGACCCGCAGGAGCCCCACAGGAGACAGGAGGAGGCUGUUGAGGGGGUAGCAGUCUAUCCGGAUGGCCUCGCUGCUCGUCAGGAUCAGGGUCCCGUCAGCAGCACCCUGAACAGAUGCAUCCUGCUAGCGCUGCUCAUCGCCAUCAGCAUGGGCUUCGGGCACUUCUACGGUGACCUUUUCCCCAUAUCUCACACGCUUUUGGGACUGAAUUUUGCUGAUAAAAAAGAGCUCGAUAAAGAGCGCAUGGUGACCGACAAGCUCAAGGAGGAACUGGAGGAAAUAAGAAAAGAGGAGGACGUCGAGGGCAAGACGGAUCCCGAGACCGAAGAACUGCAGGCGCGACUUCAGGAGCUCGAGAACAAGCUGAAGUUCGAGCAGCAGCGCUCCGAUCUUUGGGAGAGACUGUACGUGGAGUCGAAGGAGGAGAGAGCGAAGGGCGACAGGGACGUCAAGACCAAGAUUCCCAAGGAUGGGAUGCUGGGAAAAGUGAAGGAAACCUUAGACGCUGUGAAGAACUCCACGAAGGAGUUUGUGCACCAUCACAAGGAGCAGAUCAAGAAAGCCAAAGAGGCGGUUAAGGAAAACCUCCGGAAGUUUUCAGACUCCGUUAAAUCGACGUUCAGGCAUUUUAAAGACUCCGCCUCGAAUGUCUUCAGCCAUGAAAAGAGGUUUCACGACGCCAAACCCGAGCAUCACACGUUUAAGCAGGAGCAAGGAAACAAGCGUGCCGAAGACUGGCAGCCGCAGAAACCUUUACACCGACAUCCUCGCAAAUCAACCAGCGACUCCGUUCACGCUGAUCGCAACACGCGCAAACCCGGCGCUCAGAGAGACCACAGCACCAUGGGACAGAAAACGCCGCCCAAAGGCUGUUCUGGAGUGUUCGACUGCGCCUAUCAGGAGUCCAUGAGUCUGUUUAACAAGGCCAUGGAUCCCAUCCGCGCCGAUGAGUUUAACGAGCUCCUGCGCAGCUAUUUGCAGAAAGAAGUCGGACAUUUCCACCACUGGAGGGAGCUGGAGAGCUUCAUCGAUAAUUUCUUCUAUAACGGCGUCUUCAUCCACGACCAGAUGCUGUUUACGGACUUUGUCAGCGGCGUUGAGGAUUACCUCGAGGAAAUAGACGAAUAUCACAGCCUCAGCGACGACGUGUUUGAGGAUCUGGACGACUACAUAUACCGCCACAUAUUUGGAGAUACGUAUCUAAAAUACUUUGGGCCGAGGUAAGCUGUUUUGUGAUGUCAAAAUAAUCUUAUUCAGAGAUCCAGAUAGUGAAAUUAUAAUCUAAAGGCUUGUUCACACCGGGACGA